AUGGACGAUCACUUCCUCAAGGACAAACAAGGUCUGUAUCUUUUGCUUUUCCUCAAUCUUUUUGGAACACUAUGUAUUUCAGUUCAUUAUUCUGUCCCUGAAGAAAAGAAAAAUGGGUUUGUAGUGGCUAAUAUAUUGCAGGAUUUGCAAUUGAAAAAAGGAGAACUCUCUACUCGCAGAGCCUGUUUAAUUUUUGACAACACUAAAGAAUAUUUCCACCUUGAUAUCCAAAAUGGAGAUUUGUUGAUAAAUGAUAAAAUAGACAGAGAAGCUUUAUGUGGUCAAAAGGAGCCUUGUUUAAUUUUAUCACAAAUUGUUCUAGAAAACCCACUGAAAUUUCAUAGUAUUGAAAUACAAGUCGAAGAUGUGAAUGAUAAUGCUCCUAACUUCACAAAAAAUACGUUUACUAUGCAAAUAUCAGAACAUGUCCCAGUGAAUACCCGAAUUCAGAUGGAAUCUGCUCAAGAUGCUGAUCUAGGAAAAAAUGGUAUCCAAAAUUACACACUCACUAAAAAUUCACAUUUCACAGUAGAAGUACAGACUGAUGAACAUGAAAAAAGAAAUGUUGACCUUAUUCUGCAGAAACCACUAGACAGGGAGAAGAUGCCUCAUCUUCAGUUAACUCUGAUGGCCAUUGAUGGAGGAGUGCCACAAAAAACAGGCACUGUUCAAAUUAAUAUUGAUGUUCUAGAUAUAAAUGACAACUCUCCUCAAUUUUCUCAAUCUGAAUAUAAGGUAAGGAUAAAGGAAAAUCUUUCUAAGGGCACACUGUUGAUUAAGGUGGAGGCUAGAGAUCCUGAUUUUGGUUCAAAUGCACAGAUCCUCUACUCAUUCCAUCGAGUGCCUGAACGAAUAAAUAAUUUGUUCCAGUUAAAUGAAAGGACUGGAGAAAUCACUGUUAGGGGACAGAUUGAUUAUGAAAGGGAAAGUAGUCAUAGCAUAAACAUCAAAGCAAUGGAUGGAGGAGGA